UAUUUCCGAGCUGCCAGCGCGGAUUUUUGAGCCACUGCCAGCACUAAAGCGGCUGCGCCUAACCUCAAACCAAGUGCGUGAGCUUCCUACUGCGCUUUUCGUGGCCCAAAAACGCCUACAGGUGUUGGACCUGAGUCGCAAUGAGCUCGAAUCGCUGCCACCUGGCUUAUUUCACCCGUCCACAAAGCUAGUGAGCUUGGCUUUGUCACACAAUCGUUUGCUGCAGCUCAGCGCGCAUACACUUCCUACACUACAUGCGCUGGUAGAACUUAAUUUGGAUAACAAUGGCUUGCGCGCAAUCGCCCCCGGCAGUCUGGCGCAAGCGCAGCGACUGGAGAUACUUAUGCUCUAUAACAAUCAGCUAAAUUGGACAAGCGCUGAGGCGUGUGAUGUGCUCGCGGGUCUGCGCAGCCUCAACACGCUUCAACUGCAGAACAACUCGCUACAUACCUUAUGCACACAGCUGAGCGCGCCCAACCACACCACCAGCCGUCUGCGUUUGCUUGAUGUACGAUACAAUAGCAUAGCGCGCUUGCCCGCGCAGCUAAUCCGCACGCUAAACGACAGCACGUCGCUGAAAGACUUGUAUCUCUCGCAUAAUCCAUGGAAGUGUGACUGCAGCGCCGCGNUGGUGAUCUAUGGCGACUUGGAGAACGCGGAGUUGCUGGAUCAAGAGCUGCGUGCGUAUCUGAAAAUGAAUACGUACUUGAAGUGGGGCGAGCCGUGGUUUUGGGAGAAGCUGCGCUAUGCUAUGCCGCAUUCGCGCGUCCGCUGGGAGGGCGACGAUUGCGGCGGGAGGAUGCGUUCUGAUGAGAUUCCACUGCAUGCGGCUAUGCUGAGGGCAUGA